AUGAAGUUCCUCCCCUUCGUUGCUCUGCUGGCGGGCCUUUCCAGGGCCCUUCCACUCGAUGCCGCGGCCAAUGAUGGCAGUCUUACCACUCGAGCUCUCUUCUCGAGUGAUGAGCUGCUCGACGGGGACGCGGGUUCUUGUCCCAGCGCAAUCUUGGUGUAUGCUCGUGGCUCCCUGGAGUUCGGAAACCUGGGCUUCUUAGGGGGCCUUGUCGGUGAUGGUAUCAAAACUGUGCUUGGCGAAGACCAAGUCUGGACCCAAGGAGUUGGGGGAGACUACUCUGCCGCCAUUGGCGACAAUGGACUGCCCGAUGGAACUAGCCCAGAGGCUAUUCAGGAGAUGAUCGGUCUCUUCGAGCUUGCUGAUAAAAAAUGCCCUAAUGCUACGCUUGUUUCUGGAGGCUGGAGUCAAGGUGCGGCCCUGGUCGCCGCGUCCAUCCGUGACCUGAACCCAACUAUCCGUGGCAAGAUUGCUGGCGUGAUUCUCUUCGGCUACACCAAGAAUAAACAGAACAACGGUCGCAUUCCUAACUAUCCCGCCGACCGCCUUCGAGUGUUCUGUAACGAUGGCGAUGCAGUUUGCGAGGGUGAACUUAGUAUUACGAUUCCUCAUCUGUUUUACCUGAGUGAGGCGCGUCGCGAAGCUCCUGAGUUCCUCAUUGAGCAAAUUAACAAGUACCAAGCUUGA